AUGUGGUUUUGGACGCUGCUGGAGGUGCUGGUGCUCCUGGCCAACGCGUUGGCAGUACUGAACGAGGACCGGUUCCUGGCCCCGCGCGGAUGGAGCUUCUCCGAGGUCUCGGCCACUGGCAAGGUGAAGACGCUGAAGGGCCAGCUUAUUGGGCUCAUCUACGCCACUCAGUACCUCAGAGUCCCUCUCAUAAUCUUCAAUGUGAUCAUCAUCUUCGUGAAGCUGGUCUCCGGAUGA